UCGUCUUCAUCGUACUCAACUCGAAAUUACUAUUUAAUUUUUACAUUUCUGUACAAUUUCAUAUUUUAAAAUUUGUUAUACCAAUUUAAUUAUUAGUUAUGAAGCUUUUGGUGGUUUUAUUAACAUUUUAUUCGUCAUACUUAAAUUAUGCUGAAGCGCAGUUGAUGUCUUUGGAUAAUCUAAAUCCAGUUUUUAAAUCGCUAGUCGACAUGUUUAUGUCACAACGAAACUUGUCAGACACACUUACCUGCGAACCUUUGUUAAAAUAUAGGGCUACACUAGUGCAACAAUUAACAGAAAUAAUAAAUAUGCAUAAUAUCAAUUAUCACUUACCAAUGGGUGAAGCAGGAGAAGAUGUUCUUUUAUAUGUUUACGAUUUGUCUGGAGGAAUGGCCAGUAUUUUGGGACCACAAUUACUACAAAAAAAUUUAGAAGGAAUUUGGCAUAGUGCUAUAGUUGUGUUUGGAAAAGAACAUUUCUUUGGCUCAAGUGGAAUCUCUAUAUGUCAACCAGGUACAACGGCCUUGGGUAAACCUUUACGUGUGCAUAAUUUGGGGAAAACUUGUUUACCCGAAGACGUGUUUUUUGAGUACCUUCGUGAACUUGAACAAAACCAAUUCGCUCAACAUAAAUACAAUUUGCUGAAGAAUAAUUGUAAUAAUUUUACUAACGAGCUUAGUCAAUUUUUGUGUGGAACUUCAAUACCGGAUUACAUAUUAAAUUUACCAAACGAAGUUCUCAAUACUCCUAUUGGUCAACAGCUAGCGCCAGUGUUGGAAUUAUUUUCAAAUAGUAUAGGAGUACACCCUGGUGUCAGAAGGUCUGGAUCCGAUUUUGAAUCUCUCAAUAACGACAUUGACUCUGCAAGAAAACAGUCAGCACUUUUAGAAGAAAAACGUGUCAAGUUACAGGAAAAAUUAGAAAGACGAGAAAAGAGAAAGAAAAAAAAGAAAAAAGAUAAAAAUCCAAGCGAACAAGCGUCUGUAGAAUCUGGUCCUAGUUCUAGUAGGCAGGAAUUUCGAAGAAGGAUGUCAGAAAACUGUAUAAAUGGAACAAACGGCGUUCAAGCGGCGGUCGAUAAUCGCGAUGCAGAUGAUUUAGAGAGGAAAGAACAAGAUUUAAAAAGAAAAGCACGCGAUCCACCAAUUGUUUUUCCCGAAGCUGUUAACGUUCACGGAGAGUUAGAACGAUUGGUCAGUUUGAUCGAUGGUCGUAUUCCAUCUGAUGACAUGCAAUUCGUGGCUGAACUUGAUCAAUAUAUGUUAGAAAAUGAAGGCUCCUGGGCUUUAGGCGAAGGAUUUUUAUCUUUUGUCGGUCGACUUUUGAAUGAUGAAAAGUUAGUUUCAGAGGUCCGUGAGACCAUACUGAACAUUUUAGCAGCUGCUGCUCUUAAAGACGAUGUGAUUUUGGUAUUACACCAAGAUAGAAGAGAACACAUUUUGAUGAAUUACGCCAAUGGUUUUGACAAACUUCCAUUGUUAGAGCAAUUAUCUCUUUCAUUGUUUAUGUGCAAUUUGUUUGAAAAUAGCAGUACGUCUGAGUGGCUUUUAUACAUUUCAGAGUGGCAAUUAGGUUCAACUAUGGUGAGCAACAUAAGAGUGACCACUAAAGUAGCAGUUAACUCAUUGUUGUCUGAUGACAAAAUUUUGAAAGAUCGCGGUACAGCACUUGUGCAUAAUCUAGCAUGCAAGGAGAAAAUGUUUAAAAACCAAAACAUUCGGAGACUGUUACCGGCAGGAUCAUUUUCAAAGGUUUUCGAUGAUGUUGUCGUGGAGCUCGCCAUGGCUGUGUUGCAGUAUUUCAACAGUAAACCAAAUGAAGAACACACUUUCAGAUGCAUGAAAUCAUUGGCUAGAUUCUGUCAAAUAUCCAGACAAGAAGUACCUCAAUUCAUUCAAAUGAUUGGCCCCCCUCCGUCAUCUUUUAAAGGCAUGUCGGAUAGAAUUGACGAACAAAUAGCAGAAAUACAAAAUUAUUUACACUGAAAAAUGUAAACUUGUUUUAUGUAUCUUUGUGAUCGAUAUCUAAAGUUUUAAUCUUAAUACUCUAAAUUUUUAUAUGUUUGUUGAAUUAACUUAAUGAACUAACAUGCUAUCGAACCAUAAUAGCCUAUUUCAUUCUGACCUAAUACAUUUAUUUAAUAAAAAAAUGUUGCAUUUCUAUAAAACAUUUAAUAAUUUAUUGUUAAGUACUUUCAUUGUUUAGAUCAUAUUAUUUUAAUUGAUAUUUGUACUCAUAUAUUUUCCAUAGAAAAUGUUUAGAAUAAAAGUAUAAACAUUUAUUUUAUCAAUCAAUAGAUGUUAUAUUAAUAUAAUGCAGCUAUAUUUAUUGAUUAAUUAUAAUGCAUUGUAGUUAGGCAAAAGUGACCUUGUGUUAAGUAUUAUUUUGUAGACUAGGACCUUGUUGUCAUUAUUUACAAUAUUGUAAUCACAGUAAUAAAACGUACGAAAUUGUUAUCAAAAAAUUUAUUGGGUCGUGUUCGAAUAGAUAAUAGCAUUAUGCUAACUUUUACCCAAGUAUUAUUGUUAAGCAUUUGUACAUCAUAUUAAUCUUCUACAUAUGCAAUAACUGUUGUUAAAUAUUACACAAAUUAAUUUUACACAAAUAUCAAUAUUGAUGUUGAAAUAUUUGAAUAGAUUUAACACAUAUAUUAAAUAUUAUUUGUUUUCUAAA